CCCUCCCAUUUCUGAGCCUCCUUAUCGCCCAAGUGCAGCUGGGUGAAGAGAGGAGGGGGCCGGUUUGUGCAGGACACUCGCGUGGGCUCUGUCUUGUAAAUCAUUUGGGAAGCAGAAAUCCCUCACGUCCUUUGUGUUUAAUGUUCCGCUAUGUAUUUAAAGAGAGACGCAGGAUUAGGGGGCUGGAUAACUGUACCUGCUGUAGCUGAUGUUCUGAAGUAUUCUUGCAUUGUUUGCUGGUCUUCUAGGGAAAAGACUAAUGUAGAGCAAGACCUGAAGGAGAAAGAAGAUACCAUCAAGCAGAGGACAAGUGAGGUCCAGGAUCUACAAGAUGAAGUAAAGCAGGAGAGCAGUAACCUGCAAAAGCUGCAAGCUCAGAAGCAGGAGGCACAGGAAAUCCUCAAUGAUCUUGAUGAGCAGAAGGCCAAGUUGGAAGAGCAACUGAAUGAUAUCAGGCAAAAAUGUGCAGAGGAGGCCCGUUUGAUUGCUAUGCUGAAGGCUGAAAUAACAAGCCAGGAAUCAAAGAUUUCAGCCUAUGAAGAUGAACUGACCAAAGCUCAAGAGGAGCUGAGUCGCUUGCAGCAAGAAACUGCAGAGCUGGAGCAUUGCAUAGAGUCUGGGAAAGCACAGCUGGGACCUCUGCAGCAACAUCUGCAGGAUUCACAACAGGAAAUCAAUUCAGUGCAGACAAAACUUCUUGAGCUGAAAGAACUGGAAAAUAACCAGCUUGCUUGGAACUCUAAGCCACAGAAUGCACUGGUUAAUGGAGCUGUGGAUCACCCUAGUCUUAGCAACAGCAGCAGCGAAACCACCAACCUCAACGAGAAUGCUGAAAGGGAAAGUAUAGCAGAAGAGGAACAAAUUAACAGUGUGUCUUCAAUACGGAAUAGUCCUGAAACGACAGCCUCUGCUGUGGAAGAAGAGAAAGAGACCCCAGCUGCAACUGUUACCAAAAAAGAAGAUCCAUUUGAUGCUGAAUCUCAUCCAUUGCCUGAUCUGGUUUCUGAAAGCAGUUUAGAGUUCUUCCAGUCUGACCCUUUUGUUGGCAGUGAUCCCUUCAAAGAUGACCCUUUUGGGAAAAUUGAUCCCUUUGGUGGUGAUCCCUUCAAAGGUUCAGAUCCUUUUGCAGCCGACUGUUUUUUCAAGCAAUCUUCCACUGAUCCCUUUGUGACUGCUGGCACUGAUCCAUUUAGCACUGCAGACAACAGCAAUAAUACCACAGCAGAGCUCUCGAAGAAGAACGACCCUUUUGCUCCUGGGGGAACAGCUGUUGCUGCAUCAAGUGAUUUAGCUGCAGAUCCCUUUGCCUCUCUCUUUGGAAGUGAAUCCUUUGGAAGUGGCUUUGCUGACUUCACCACCCUGUCAAAGGCCAACAACGAGGAUCCCUUUAACUCAGCCACAUCAAGUUCUGUCAGCAAUGUGAUCAUAACUAAAAAUGUGUUUGAGGAGCCACCAGCUAAAAAUGAGGAUGUGCCUCCUGCAUUGCCCCCUAAAACAGGAACUCCCACAAGGCCCUGUCCACCACCACCUGGGAAAAGACCUAUCAAUCAAAUAGACUCUUCAGAUUCCUUUAAACCGAGCGAUCCAUUUCAGCCUUUCCCCACCCCAGACAUUCCCAAAGAACAAGAAGCAGAUCUAUUCUGUGAUCCAUUUGCUCCCACCAGCAUCAGUAAAGAGGCUGACCCCAACAAUUUUGCAAACUUCAGUACUUAUUCCACUGAGGAAGACAUGAUUGAAUGGGCCAAGAGGGAAAGCGAGAGAGAAGAGAAAGAAAGAUUGGCAAGGUUAAAACAGCAGGAGCAAGAAGACCUGGAACUGGCUAUUGCACUGAGUAAAUCUGAAAUAUCAGAAGCAUGAAGUUUAGAAUAAGAUUUUUGUCUGAAAUCAACUGUUUUGUCCUUUUUUCUGAAUACCUAACCUAUUGAAAUGUUAAUCAGAAAAUUAACCUAUAGGAGAAACUAUGGAAAGAUUGAAAUUCCUGGAAGUGGUGUGAAUGUUUCUGCUAAAUUUAAUCCUUUUGGUUAAGUUGAACAUUCAAGUUCUCUCAAGUUUUCAGGAGUACUUCUCCCAGCUGUAAACAAAUCAGUUUAAAAUGCAGUUAGUGAGGUUGUAGCUUGACUGUGAUCUGCCAGCAGUUGGUAAUUGAGCGUAAAGUGAACACAGCGAUUACUCUGCCGUGGCUGACUGUCGCCCAUCAAGCGGUUAGUCAUUUGUUACCUUUACCCCUCUAAAGAAACUUUAGUAAUGCCAGAGCUGUGGAGUGAUUCAUUUUGUAUGUAUGCAAUAUAGAUUCAUAUUUCUUUUUCCUCCUCAUGGAAGAUUCUGCAUUUGGAUUUGAA